AGGAGGGACGCCGCAGCUCCGGCCCGCCCCGGACGGGCCAAUGCGGAGAGCCGGAGGCAUGGAGGACUACUCCGGGGAGGACGAGGAGUCCUGGUACGACCAGCAGGACCUGGAGCAUGACCUACAUUUGGCAGCAGAGCUGGGGAAGACGCUGUUGGAGCGGAACAAAGAGCUAGAGGAGUCCUUGCAGCAGAUGUACUCUACCAAUGAGGAACAGGUGCAGGAGAUCGAGUACCUGACAAAACAACUGGACACCCUGCGGCAAGUGAAUGAGCAGCAUGCCAAGGUAUAUGAGCAGCUAGACGUGACCGCUCAAGACCUGGAGCUGUCCAACCAGAAGCUGGUGCUGGAGAGUAAGGCUGCCCAGCAGAAGAUCCAGAGCCUGACAGAGACCAUAGAGAGUCUUCAGACCCAGGUAGAAGAGCUUCAGGGACAGGUGGAAGAGCUCAGGAGCUUGGAGCAACUGCGGGUCCGAAGAGAGAAGCGGGAGAGACGUAGAACCAUCCACACUUUCCCUUGCCUUAAGGAAUUAUGCUCCAGCCCCCGGUAUGAGGAUGCCUUCCGCUUGCAUAGUUCCUCAAUGGAUCUGAGCCCAAAGCCCUUGGAGCGGGAGAACGAGCAGCUGCAGGCCAUUGUCAGCUCCCUGCGUUCCCAGGUGAGCCAGGAGAAGCAGCGGAAGGAGAGGGCGGAGCGGGAGUACACUUCGGUGAUCCAGGAGUACUCGGAGCUGGAGCGGCGGGUAUGUGAGAUGGAAGGCUGCAAACUUCGGGUGCAGGAGCUAGAGGCCGAGGUGCUGGAGCUACAGCAGAUGAAGCAGGUGAAGACGUACCUCCUGAGCCAGGAGGACAACCUGUCCGAGGCCUUGCUGGAGCCUCUCAACAAUGCGCCGGAGGCAGAUGAUCCCGAGCUUGGCGGGGACGGGACAGCAGGUAAAGAUGGGGUCCCGUCACCAGCAGCCUCCCCCGGUCAUUCUGUGCGCAAGAGCUGCAGUGAUACGGCCCUCAAUGCCAUCAUGGCCAAAGACCUGGCCAGUCGCCACAUGGGUAACUACAUCCUGCACGCCAACAGCGUGCGCAAGCGGGGCAUGUCCAUCCUGAGGGAGGUGGACGAGCAGUACCACGCUCUGCUGGAGAAGUACGAGGAGCUGCUGAGCAAGUGCAGGCAGCACAAAGAUGGGGUGCGGCACACCGGGGUGCAGACCUCCCGCCCCAUCUCCCGAGACAGCUCCUGCCGUGACUUCCGGGCCGGGGAGGAGGGCCUGGGGGAAGAGUGGGGAGGGGGGAAGCAGGGCGAGAAGAGCCUUAUUCAGCACGUGGAGGCUGUGGACAAGCGGCUGGAGCAGAGCCAGCCUGAAUACAAGGCCCUCUUCAAGGAGAUUUUUUCCCGGAUUCAGAAGACCAAGGCAGACAUUAAUGCCACCAAGGUCAAGACCCAUAGUAGCAAGUGAGCCCUGCCUGCUUCCCAAACCCCCUUGCUCUUGCUCCAGUCCUCUUCUUCCCCCCAGGAUACAAGGUACCCCCACCUCCUUUCUCUAGCUCUCUGUGAAAGGGAGCCCUUUCCGACUUCCGAGUUGGAGUGUGAUUCUAUCACUCCAAGCUGGAAGGGCUCCCUGCAAGGGUUGGGAGUUGGGGAAAGGGAGAAACCUCGUAAGAGGACACAGUAGUUUAUGAUGGUUCCAGACACACCUAAGGAAUACCCCUCCCCCAUGCCUGGGGUGGGGAGCAGGAGUUUGGGGAGCAAGAGGUAGGAAGACAAACUGACCCCAUUUCUCAGGAGCUCCCGGUCACUCUUUGUGUCAGCCUGAUGAAGCAUCCCAGAGUUUAAUAGCCAGACAUCCCAGGGGAAGUCCCUCUCUCCCCAACCCUCUGGCUUCCAGGCCAUGUAGCUGGUUCUCAGACAUAUGGCCAACUUUCUUUUCAAAGCCAUUCUGGAUCUGGGGAAUUUUUUUUUGUUAUUAUUCUAGCUUCUUCCCCCCCCAAGACUGGAUGCACUUGAAGUGAAACCACCCAGAGCUGCCUCCUGCAGUCCUGAUUGGUUUCCUGGACCCACACCCAGCACCCUAGCUGGGAACUCCACCCCAAACCCAGGUUUUUCUUCACUCCAUUUUGGCAUCGGCGUUUGGUCAAGGUCAUCCCUGUCAGGUUGGAGACAGACAGCCCCCCCUCUAGGCAGAAAGCCCCCUCUGAGAGAAGAGAGGGCCCCUGCUGUCACCCCAGACCUGGGAGCCAGCUGUCUGUGUCCCCUGGGAUGUCCCGGCUACCCCUCAGGAGCCAGCCCAGCACCGUUUCUGUAGCAAGUGAGCUCUGGGGAGGAGGAGGAGAGACCCUCACCCAGCUAUGAAGGAGCUGAAACUCCUCUGCUUACUGUUCUCCAGCCUUUCUGGAAAAUGCCUCUGAGGGGAAUCCCAACUUGAGGGGACACCCCUCGUGGCAGUUGGGAUCCCUUGACUAGCAUUGUAGCAGAACCACUUCUUUCUCAUCCACUCGUGUGGUUUCUUACCUUCCCCACCCCAGACUUCACUAUGUCUGCCCCUAUCUCAGGGACUGUGAUAUCUCAUUCACAUACUCCAUCCAGUGCCCACUCCUGGGUAUAUACAACCAGCAUGUUACUCGAGCUUCAGCUUCUAGCCUGUCACUCCUGGGGCUAGCCUGACAGACUGUCCCCCCAUACAGUAUUCUCCAUCCAGUGGGAGAAAGAGUAUAUUUUGCCUCCUGAAAAAUUCUUACUUUUCACCAACAUGGUUCAGCCUCCUCUCUUACCUUCCUUUGCCCACUUGAUUUGGGGGUGUGGGGAGGAGGGGCUUUGACUCUCUUCUGGAGUUAACUCUUCCUGACUGGCUGUUGCCCCUUUCUGGUUCAGUCUGAGAAGAUCCAGGGAUUCACGGCCCUGCCUCCAAGCCACCAAAUUUGAGAGUCUCAAUGCUGUCUGCUGACCCCACAAACAUUAGCAGCCGUAGAGCCUGAUGGAGGAAGAGUUGUCUGGCUCCUAUACUGGGAGCUCCCAUGCCUUAUUUAUUUGUAACCAGAAAAGCAGUUUUCUUAAGCAUCCCUGAAGGCACCCAACCUACUCUUGAGGCAUCACUGUGAUGGAAGCUAGUGGCUCUGGUCUUUUAUAUUCCCUUGGUUUUGAAUCUUCACCCUGUGGGGCAGGGGAAACUCCAGUCAUUUGUGCGUCUCUUCUGGCGGGGUAAGGGUGAGGGUGGGAAGGAGGAACUCCAUCCUGUCCAGGCUCCAGCACACUAGCAUCCUACCUACCAGCUUCACCUUUGAAGUAUACAUGAGAGAAAUAUAUUUACAAAUGCUUUAUUCUCUUCUUAAAUUAAAAAAAAAUGCAUCAGUA